AUGUCGGAAUACUGGAAGUCAACCCCAAAGUACUGGUGCAAGUUCUGCUCUACCUAUGUGCGCGACACAAACCUCGAGAAGAAAUCCCACGAAGCCACCCCGAAGCAUCAGAACAACAUCCAGCGUUCGUUGCGCGAUAUCCACAAAAAGACAGAGCGCGAUGAUCGCGAGAAGCAGCGCGCAAAAGAUGAAGUCGCAAGGCUGAACGGUCUGGUCGCUGCCAAACAAGGUCCUUCCAUCUCGGUCGCCUCUGGCUCACAGCUUCCUGCUCCAAAGCUCAAGUCUACUGCACCCAGCGGUCCCGCUUCUGUCGCCGAAAGGAAGCGUCAGAUGGAGCAGCUUGCCGCUAUGGGUGUCGCCAUUCCCGAAGAAUUCCGUCGUGACAUGUCCAUCAGAGGAGAGUGGUCCACCGUUUCUGAGACACCCAUCUACUCAAAAUCUGUCAAGCCUGAUGCGGACGACGAAGACGACACGAAAGCAUUUGGCGUGCGGAAGCGAAAACUGGAUGAAGAAGAGCAAGAUCUGAACAUGGCACCCAAGGCUUGGGGUUCACGCCUGAAGUCUUAUCCACCUUCAAAGGGCAAUGACGAAGUAGACCUGGAUGCUCUCUUGUCUAGCGCCACCACGAAAAAGGAAGUCAAAUCUGAAGACAACCAUCUACUGAAGAAGGAGGGUGACGCUGACACUACCGAGUCUAUUGCUGCUAUACCAGACAUUUCUGAAGGUGUUGCUGCUGAGUCCGAGGUUAAGCCAGAGCCCAAAGCCGACCAAGAUGCUCCUGUGGUCUUCAAGAAACGCAAGUCUAAGCGCUGA